UGGUGUGCUUCAGCAUGGUGGGGGACUGGAAGUCCUAGUGUCACCAUUAACCAGCUGGGUGACCUUGGGUGAGAGCCACUUCCUGCCUCCCAUCUGCAACCUGAGUGAUUAGGAAGGAGAAGUGGUUUGUAAGCCUUUUUUUGUCCUCAGUAGCUCAACUCUUCAGCUUACUCAAAUGACCACUGUGAGAAAAGCUGUUUCUGGUUGAACUGGGGAGGUGUGGCUGGAGCCCUCCUCUUCCGGCCCCCCCACCCCCAUUUAAAUCCUUGAGGGUGGUGGGACUGUCAACCCUUGCACACUAAGAUCUCAGCAAUCAGUGCCUGCCAGGCUGUCUGUGCUCUGAGAACAAAGAAGGCAGCCAGGCUUGUGUGUGUUGGGUGUAGCUACUUGGGCACCUGAACUUGCUGAUUCUAAUAUUCAGAGGUUUAGCCUGUGUAGAGAGGAAUUGCAGAGCAAUUGAAGUGCAGGGCAGGCAGCCCCUUUGUGUGAGAAGGAGGUUUCAAUCCUAGAAAAGAAAUGAGGGCCCAGGAGAGAUGAAGCCCAGAAGGCUUGGUUAUCUUUUCCAUAAUCUAGAAGAAGGAAAUUACCACCCCUACCUUGCCAGGCCAGGGAUUCUAGGUCUUGAAGAGACGGCCCACAAUCUUGCUACCCAGAUACUUGGCUACCAGGGUUGGUUGGUUGCCACGCCCCCAGGAGGACAGGUCCCCCACCUCCCCACCCUGCUUCCCGCCACCCUUCGCUGGCCUUUGCUGCAGGCAGGUAGCUCAAGAGGCGGCACCCCAGCCACCUGGCAGCCCCAGGUGCUGCGUGUGCGCUGCCAUGGUGACGGGCCCCAGGGCUGGUGGCAAGAAGGCUGUCUCCCAAAGCUUUGCAGAUUCAGGAGAGGGAGAGACUGGAGCCUCAGGCCCUUCAGGUAGUCUGCCUCAUCACCCUGGUGCCAAGGAAGCCCAGGCUUAUUGGUGUCUGAUCUGAGGAUGGCCCAUCAGCAGGGCCGGAAGCCUGAGGCGGAGUGUCCUGUCUGCUGGAACCCCUUCAAUAACACAUUUCACACCCCCAAAGUGCUGGACUGCUGUCACUCCUUCUGUGUGGAAUGCCUGGCCCACCUCAGCCUGGUGACCCCGGCCCGGCGCCGCUUGCUGUGCCCACUCUGUCGCCAGCCCACUGUGCUGGCAUCCGGGCAGCCUGUCACUGACUUGCCCACAGAUACUGCCGUGCUCACCCUGCUUCGCCUGGAGCCCCACCACGUCAUCCUGGAAGGCCGGCAGCUCUGUCUCAAGGACCAGCCCAAGAGCCGCUACUUCCUACGACAGCCCCGGGUUUACACGCUGGAUCUAGGCGCUGAGCCUGACAGCCAGACGGUGCCCCCCCAGGACAGGGCCCCAGCCACCAGGCCUACACCCGUCUCCAUCCCCAGCCACUACUCUCUGAGGGAGUGUUUUCGCAACCCUCAGCUCCGGAUCUUUGCCUACCUGAUGGCUGUCAUCCUCAGUGUCACUCUGUUGCUCAUCUUCUCCAUCUUUUGGACCAAGCAGUUCCUUUGGGGUAUGGGGUGAGCGUCUGUCCCCAACAAGAAACAAAGUCUUUCUCAGUGGUUGCUGGGUAUGGGGCCUGCAGGACCUCGUUUGGGUUGUCUGCCUUUAUAGUAUUGCUCAUUUUACCAUUAGGCCAUCCAUUUGCUUCUGGGAUAAGAGUCCUGCCAUAAAACCUCUGAAAGCUAAAGGGCUGAGAGAAGAGGCCAAGAGACCUCUGGGUAUGAACUAUGGCGCCAUGGAAGGGCAGAGCGAUGCAGCCACUUGUGCCAAAGGGCUGGACCGUGCCAUCCAGGAAGCUGGCUAGCCCGACGAGCAAGUUGCAUUGCUCUGGAUUCAGUUCACUUUUUGAGUUGCUUUUUAAAUUACAUGUUGCUAAACAACUUCUGAAAGUUGAGAGUCAAUUCUGUGACCAAGUGUGUAUGUCUCAUCCUUUCAGAUUCCUCUCCAGAUGUUUUGCCAUCAGUAUCAGUAAAACUGGUCUGUUUUCAUUCA